AAAAAAAAAAAAAAAAAAAAAAACACAGAGCACUCUGUUUCACUUUCUCUCUCUGAAAUUUCUCUGAAAUCUAUUCGUUUUUGAUCGUUUUGGUAUCUUCGUUCUGUGAUUGUUGCUGUUAGCUAUGGCAAAAAGUGAAGGACCGGCGAUUGGGAUCGAUUUGGGGACUACCUAUUCCUGUGUGGGUGUUUGGCAACACGAUCGCGUUGAGAUCAUAGCCAAUGACCAAGGGAACAGAACGACGCCGUCUUAUGUGGCCUUUACUGACACCGAGCGUUUGAUCGGUGAUGCUGCUAAGAACCAGGUCGCCAUGAACCCUACCAACACUGUUUUCGAUGCCAAGCGUUUGAUUGGUAGGAGGUUCAGUGAUCCCUCGGUGCAAGGUGACAUGAAGUUGUGGCCAUUCAAGGUGAUUCCUGGCCCUGGUGACAAGCCCAUGAUUGUGGUUAACUACAAGGGUGAGGAGAAGCAAUUUUCUGCUGAAGAAAUUUCCUCUAUGGUUCUCACAAAGAUGAAGGAGAUUGCUGAGGCAUACCUUGGUACAACCAUUAAGAAUGCUGUUGUUACUGUCCCUGCAUAUUUCAAUGACUCGCAGCGUCAAGCCACGAAGGAUGCUGGUGUUAUUUCUGGCCUUAAUGUGAUGCGUAUUAUCAAUGAGCCAACUGCUGCUGCUAUUGCAUAUGGGCUUGAUAAGAAGGCAACCAGCUCGGGUGAAAAGAAUGUACUUAUCUUUGAUCUGGGUGGUGGGACAUUUGAUGUGUCUCUUCUUACCAUCGAAGAGGGUAUAUUUGAAGUGAAAGCUACUGCUGGUGAUACUCACUUGGGAGGUGAAGAUUUUGAUAACAGGAUGGUGAACCAUUUUGUACAGGAAUUCAAGAGAAAGAACAAAAAGGAUAUUAGUGGAAACCCCAGGGCUCUCAGGAGGUUGAGGACUGCCUGUGAGAGGGCUAAGAGGACUCUCUCAUCUACAGCUCAAACCACCAUUGAGAUUGAUUCUUUGUAUGAGGGUAUUGACUUUUACUCCACAAUUACCCGGGCCAGAUUCGAGGAGCUAAACAUGGACUUAUUCAGGAAGUGUAUGGAGCCUGUGGAGAAGUGUUUGAGGGAUGCUAAGAUGGAUAAGAGCAGUGUACAUGAUGUAGUCUUGGUUGGUGGGUCUACUAGGAUUCCCAAGGUUCAACAAUUGUUGCAGGAUUUCUUCAAUGGGAAGGAGCUCUGCAAGAGCAUUAACCCUGAUGAGGCUGUUGCAUAUGGUGCUGCUGUUCAGGCUGCAAUUCUUAGCGGUGAGGGUAAUGAGAAGGUGCAGGAUCUCUUGUUGCUGGAUGUCACUCCCCUAUCACUCGGUCUGGAGACUGCUGGAGGUGUCAUGACUGUUUUGAUUCCAAGGAACACCACCAUUCCAACAAAGAAGGAGCAGGUGUUCUCAACCUACUCCGAUAACCAGCCUGGUGUGCUGAUCCAGGUAUACGAGGGUGAGAGAACCAGGACCCGUGACAAUAACUUGUUGGGCAAAUUUGAGCUCUCUGGCAUUCCUCCUGCUCCUAGGGGUGUUCCUCAAAUUAAUGUCUGUUUUGACAUUGACGCCAAUGGUAUCUUGAAUGUCUCUGCUGAGGACAAAACCACCGGACAGAAGAACAAGAUUACAAUCACCAAUGACAAGGGUAGACUCUCCAAGGAAGAGAUUGAGAAGAUGGUCCAGGAGGCUGAAAAGUAUAAGGCGGAGGAUGAGGAGCAUAAGAAGAAGGUUGAGGCGAAGAAUGCACUGGAGAACUAUGCUUACAAUAUGAGGAACACUAUCAAAGAUGACAAGAUUGCCUCUAAGCUUCCAGCUGCAGACAAGAAGAAAAUUGAAGAUGCAAUUGAUCAGGCCAUCCAAUGGCUUGAUGGGAACCAGCUUGCUGAGGCGGAUGAGUUCGAGGACAAGAUGAAAGAGCUGGAGAGCAUCUGCAACCCAAUCAUCGCAAAGAUGUACCAAGGAACUGGUGGUGAUAUGGGUGGGCAAAUGGAUGAGGAUGGGCCUUCAGCUGGCAGUGGAAGCGGUGCUGGUCCCAAGAUUGAAGAAGUCGAUUAAAUGAACAAUAAUAGUCUUCUUGUUUAGUUUUUGUAUGGUUGUUCCUGGGUUUGUACAAUGGUUUUAUGAUAUUUCAAUGCCUGUAUGUUUGAUUUUUA